AUGGGCGGAAAGUGCCCUCACAGGAGCGUGAAGAAGCGCCGAUACUCGCACAAAACUGCUAGGCGCACCAAAUUCCUUGUCAAGGAUAUCCUUUUUAUUGCGUUUAUGUGGAUUUUUAAUCAGUGCUUUUGUUUCGUUGUAAUUGUUCGUAAUCAUGCUUGUUUUUUCUUGACUUGUGAUUGUUUACGCGACGAUGCUGUUUACGAUGAGCUUCAGAAAGUGGAGGGGAAGAGUAAAUCCAUGCCCGUAGAUGAAGACCUUCCUGGGAUGGGCCAGUAUUAUUGUUUGCACUGCGAUCGAUAUUUUGCUAAUGUGACGGUGAGGGAUGAACACUUCAAGACCAAACGGCAUAAGAAGCGUUUGAAGCUAAUGAUGGGACCUGCCCCACACACCCAGUUGGAUGCCGAGCUAGCUGCCGGGAUGGAUAUCGAUAUCUUCAAGAGAUGCCUACAGGGGUUUUUAUGA